UGUUACCGACGGCCGUUUGGUGUUUUCUACCCGGUGCCAAUUUACUGUAACCACGCUGGUACCAUGCUGUUAAUGUUUGUGCGUUUCGUCCAACAGUUUUGUUGACAUAUUUACAAAAAUCAAGAGUAUCAAUUCUCACCUGGUCGGGUUUAUUAAUGUUUUUCUCUUAUCCUGUACAGAUAAUAUAUUCGUUGAAACUGUCUGAGCUACGUAUUAAUAAUUUACUAUGAAGAUAAAACGUCAGAAACAUGCGAAGAAAACCAUCAGUUUUUAUAAGUACAACUUUUGCUUUAGGGACCCUUUCCAAAUAUUAAUUGAUGGGACGUUUUGUCAGGCGGCGUUAAAGAAUAAGAUUCAAAUCAAAGAGCAAUUGCCAAAGUACCACAUGGGAGAAGUUCAGCUCUGUACCACAAACUGCGCCUUGAAGGAACUUGAAUCUCUUGCAAAAGACCUCUAUGUAGCAAAACUCAUCUUACAGAGAUUUCAGAUAAGGAAAUGCAAACACAUGAAAGAUCCAUUACCUGCAUCAGAGUGUUUGUUGUCAAUGCUUUGGGAGAUAAAUCCACACCACUACUUCAUUGCAACUCAGGAUCAAGAGUUGGCGACAGCCCUGAAGAAGAUUCCUGGUGUUCCUCUGCUCUACAUUAUCCUCAACACCAUGGUGUUAGACAAGACUGCCUAG